CUAGUUGAUAGAAACCAACCGGCUUCACCCCCUUACAAAAAUGGCUCACAGAGGACUCCGUCUAUUUUUAUCCCCACUCUUUUCUUUAAUUAUUAAUUAUUCCCCUCAAACUUCUCUCUCUAUCUCAUGCAUCCAGCUUCUCCCUCCUCAUUUGUCUUCUUCAUUCUUCACCCUCCAAUCUCCCUUCUAAUUUAAUUCCCUCUCUCUCUCUCUCUCUCUCUCUCUCUCUCUCUCUCAAUUCCUUCAUCCAUUACCAAUUGCAAUUGUUUUGUUAGUUGGGCUUUAAUGGCAACCCAAGCUGACAAUUCAAGCCCAAAAAAAGAGGCCCAUAAAGAGGGGGCUUCGAGGUUUCGGGUGACGGUUGUCGGAAGUGGAAACUGGGGCAGCGUAGCGGUCAAGCUCAUCGCCUCCAACACCCUUCAUCAAUCCAUCUUUCAUGAUGAAGUGAGAAUGUGGGUGUUUGAAGAAGUCCUGCCUAGUGGUCAAAAGCUCACAGACACCAUUAAUCGAACUAAUGAGAAUGUCAAAUACUUGCCUGGCAUAAAGCUUGGGAAAAAUGUAGUAGCAGACCCUGACCUUGAGAAUGCAGUUAAAGAAGCAAAUAUGCUAGUCUUUGUCACUCCCCAUCAAUUCAUGGAAGGUAUAUGCAAAAGGCUCAUAGGAAAGAUAAAACCUGACGCAGAGGCCAUUUCAUUAAUCAAAGGCAUGGAGGUUAAGAAAGAAGGACCAUGUCUGAUAUCGAAGCUUAUCACAGAUAUGCUUGGGAUAAAUUGUUGUGUUCUUAUGGGUGCUAAUAUCGCUAAUGAGAUAGCUUUGGAGAAAUUUAGUGAAGCAACUGUUGGGUAUAGACAUAGUAAGGAAGUAGCACAGAGGUGGGCUCGAUUGGUCAGUACCUCAUAUUUCCUUGUAUCACCUGUACAAGAUGUGGAGGGAGUAGAAUUAUGUGGAACAUUAAAGAAUGUGGUAGCAAUAGCUGCAGGACUUGUUGAUGGCUUGGACAUGGGAAAUAACACUAAGGCGGCAAUAAUGAGAAUUGGAUUGAGGGAGAUGCGAGCACUUUCCAAGCUUUUGUUCUCCUCAGUGAAAGAUACCACCUUUUUUGAGAGUUGUGGAGUGGCAGAUUUAAUCACAACAUGCCUUGGAGGACGAAACAGGAGAGUAGCUGAGGCCUUCGCAAGGAAUGGUGGUAAAAGAUCUUUUGACGAGCUAGAAGCAGAACUGCUGCAAGGGCAAAAGCUACAGGGAGUCUCAACAGCACGAGAAGUCUAUGAAGUUCUCAGGCAUCGAGGAUGGCAAGCAUCGUUUCCCCUCUUUACUACAGUUCAUGAGAUCAGUAUCGGCAAGCUUCCUCCUUCAGCAAUAGUUGAAUACAGCAAUAGUUCUGCUCAAUAGAACUACAUCUAUAAGAUUCCCCAGCUAUCGCUAGAUUUUAUGCAGAAUCAUUAUGAAUCCUAAAUAUUUACAAUUGUAGAACUGAUAGUGAGAAAUAAUUCUUUCAUAUAACCGUCAAUGACUACUUUGUUGUGAUAUAUCGAAAGACCUGUUCAGGGUUA